AUGCGACCUCUUGCUGUAGAAUAUUUUAGCUUAUCCCAUGAAGAAGGUUUUGUGCUCGAAGUAUUGGAUGAGCAAGUUUCAUCUAGUCUCGAAAACCUCUACUUCACAGGAGCACUGGAUAGAGGAGUAAGCGUCAUAAUGGGUGAUCAUGGUAAUCGGAUUGGGUUGGUUCAAUACUCCUACAAUGGCAGAAUAGAAGAACGUAUGCCACUAAUGGCAAUUCGUCUGCCUCCGGACUUCAAAAAAAUUCAUCCGAAAGAAUAUGCGAACUUUCUGAACAACAAAUGGAAACUGACGAGGUUAUGACU